UCAUAAAAAAUUUAUAAAUAAAUCUAAAUAUGAUGAUUUAGAAUUAUAUAAAUUAAAGAAUUAUAAUCGACUAAUUACGCGAAAUCAAAGUAUAAUCAGUCAUAAAGAAAUGUUAAAUACUCUAGAAUAUGCGGCUGAUAAUUGUUGUAAAACAUUUUAUGCAUUAAAAUGCAUUGAUAUAAUAGUACAUUGUCCACAAUUAAUAAAUGUAAAAUGUUCAUCCUCUGGUUUAACACCUUUUCAUCGUAUCUGUUUGCAAGGUCAUAAAUGUUUAAUUGCUUUUAUGUUAGCAAAAGGUGCUGAUCCUUUUCUUACUACAAUAAAAGGAGAAAAUGCUUUGUGUAUGGCUAUUUAUUAUAUUCUUAAUAAUCCAACAGAAACUGAUUUUUCUUGUCUUGAAAUGCUUGCAGAAACAGGAUGUGGAUUUGGUUCUAAAGAUAAAUGGUACAAUAAUUUGUUAAAAAUGGCAUUUAAUAAUAACCAUAUACAAUUAGUACAAUGGUUAAUUUUACAUUAUAAUGUUUCUUCAUAUAAACUUUUGCGAUGUUUAUCUACACCACCAAUGAAAAACCUAUAAAUUCUUAAUAUAAAUUUAAUUAAUAAACAUUAUUUUUAUAAAAUAAGUUAUAAUAUAAUUAUAGUUAUAAUAUAAAUUAAAUAUAAAUAAUAAAG